AUGACCGACGAGAAGCAUUUCGAAGCCGAGGCUAUGUCUCUGAGGAGACUCGCUUUCUUCGGUGUGGCCCUUUCCACGAUGGCCACCCUGAUCUGCGUCGUCUCAGUGCCAAUGCUCUACAACUACAUGCAGCAUAUGCACUCGGCUAUGCAAAACGAAGUCGACUUCUGCAAGUCCCGCUCUGGAAACAUGUGGAGAGAAGUCACCCGCACUCAGACCCUCGCCAAGGUCACUAGGAGCCGUCGUCAGACCGGCGGUGGAUGCUGCGGUUGCGGAGUCUCUGCCAGAGGACCACCAGGACCACCAGGAGCAGCUGGUCAACCAGGAGGUGAUGGACGUCCAGGACAGCCCGGAAGAAACGGACCUGAUGGCCCACCAGCCACACCAGCUCCAAUCACACCACCCUGCUUCAACUGUCCCGCUGGACCACCAGGACCACCAGGAAAUGCAGGAAGCCGUGGAGCACCAGGAAACCCAGGACCCGACGGACGACCCGGAAAUGCUGGUAACCCAGGAGGCCAAGGAGCUCCCGGACCACAAGGACCACCCGGAAACGCUGGUCAGCCAGGAAACCCAGGUGCACCAGGAACGCCUGGUAGACUCACCACUGUUCCCGGUAACCAAGGACCACCUGGACCACCUGGACCACCAGGACCACCAGGACCUAACGGAAACCCCGGAGGCCCAGGAAACCCAGGAAACCCAGGAGGCCAAGGACCUCCCGGAGACAAUGGAAGACCUGGAGGACCAGGACAGCCUGGAGCUCCUGGAGACAGAGGACAAGACGGUGACAGUGGAGCUCAGGGAAGCUGCGACCACUGCCCUACUCCUCGUACUGCUCCUGGAUAUUGA